AUGGACUGGCAAUAUUUCAACCAAACCGGAUAUCUCAGAGAUAGCCUUCUUCAACGUGUAUGGGAAAAAAUAUCUAUACACUAUGACGAGGGAGAUUUGAUAUUAUAUUACAUGCAAAGGCUCGGAUUAAUGGCGAUUGGGGAUGAUAAACAUUAUGUUCCCUGUAUGAACAAAAGAUACUUUGGUGAGAAAGAAAAGAUCGCACUGCAGGGAAUGGAGACGAAAUCGUCAGUACUGGUACUUCGUUUCCAGUUCCUCCCUUUCUUUUUAUACUGUCGGUUGAUAGUUGACUGUAUUGUGUGUACUGAAUGGGAAGUGGUGGAAGAUCAUGGAAUACCGUGCCUAUAUAAAGAUGUGGCUGUAUUCGUUUACAAAGUCCACCUUAUUGCCGUUGUUGUGACAAUGUCAGCAAUACAGAUUCAGAUAUUUCGUCAGCAAGAUGAACCUAUCGAUCCUGAUAUUGCCUCAAAUAUAAAAAAAACUCUAGAGAAAAUACUAGGCUACUUAACGAGUACAUUUCACAAAAAUAUCACAUACAGGAUCACAUUUCAAUGCUCUGGCCAAGAUGUUUUGACUGGAGAUGUGAAUUGUUAUGUGUAUGAAGAGGAAAUAUCAGACAGAGGACAAGUAGUGUGCCCGAGGCAUAUUUUUACUGGAAAUCAUCUACUAGAUGUGAAAGCUUUAACAAGGUUCUGGAAGCCUAAUAAGACAAAUGAAGAGAAACUUCAGAAACUUGUGAUCACCGGAAGGGAUGCUUUGCAAGCGUAUUUUGACACAAUAUUUCCAUCGGAGGAUUUAAAACAGUGUCUCCAAGAUAACAAGAUUCCCUUGACCAGUGGACGAUUCAAAUUCACGGAAGACCAAAUAGGAAGUGUUUACCCAGCAGGUGGUAGCACAAAUGUUAUGUCUACUUCGUUUGAUGUUCCAAUCAUGUACAAACUUCUGAGGAACUAUGGUGACAAUGUGCCUCCCCCGACUAAUGGCUGGGGGUGUGUGCCAGUGGUUGGACAGAGAACGGCUGGAGAUGACAUCGAGAGAAUACGAAAGUUCAGGAACAUGAGUGCACAUGGUAUACUGCCUUUAAACGGCAUGGAUGAGGGGGAUUUCAGACUUUACUGGGAGGAUUUGGCACAGGCAGUACUGAGACUUACAAAUGGUUCAUUCCAGAGUCGAAUUGAUGCAAUUCGUCGAUAAUCUCAAAGGGUACAUGUAUAGCAUGGAUAUGCAAUCUAUAACGAGGAAAAGACAAAUGUUACAUACUCAACAUUGAGGAAAAGGCAAAUGUAACAUACUCAACAUUGAGGAAAAGACAAAUGUUACAUACUCAACAUUGAGGAAAAGACACGUAAAAAUGGAAAGUGUUUUGAUGAAUUGUCGUAUUUUACGAAAUUGUGUACUGUGAAAAGGUGUGAAAAUUGCAUACGAUAUGCAUCAUCAUUUUGCAACAUGUGUGUGAGCAUAUUUACAUGUACAGGUAGUUAUAACAUAGAAUCAUGCUGAUAAUGGUUGUAUUUAGCAAUAUUUUAAUACAUUUCCUCAAUGGAAUUGUAUAGUAUAUAUUUUAGAAUCCUAUACAGUGUAUGAGUUGAAGUAGAUGGCGAAUAGUCACUUCCGGCAGAGAAUAAACCGAUGAUCGAUACGUUUAUACGUCGAGGGAAGUUGGUUAUGAAUGCUGUAUGUAUUGUUUUACUGCUGUGUGUAUCUUCACCUUUUUCGCAUAAUGUUCCUGUCACAAUUGUGUUUGAAAACGAACUAUUUUAACAGUUAAUGACAAUGCAAAUCAAUAAACACAGCAACGUAAGGGGAUAAUAUCACUUAGUUAGGAAAUCGGGAAUUCAUUGCUGUAUUGUACUUUAGUUGAACAUCGUUGGGUGUAGAAUUAUGUAUGAUUUCCGAAUUACAUCGUACUUUGUAUUAAUUAGAAACCAUGUUUUUAUAGAGUUCAAUUUAAACUGUUGUUAAGGAAACCAUGUAACUUUGGGAUAUUUGACGAAAUUAGAAAAAAAUGAAAUCAUUACUUGAGAUCUGAACGCCGUGUAAACGGAACAAUGUGACAAGCAACAUAGAAAUUUAAGAUGAUAAAAUGUUCAUUUUGUAAUAUUCAUUAAAAAUGCAAAUACUAAACAAUGCGUUGUAAGCAUCACUCUCAUUGAGUAUUCGGUACUAAGAAGAUGGACAACUGUAGCAUUAUUUGCAGUGUCACCAUUAGCGACAUACAUUGAUUAAAGCGAUUAUAUACUGAACAAACUUUCUAACGCCCCACUCAAGUUUUCCCAUUGUACUGUAAUCAUAUUUUAUCACUGUGAAUAUAACUAUUGAUAAGUAUAACGAAUAAGUUAUAAAACAACAUUUCAUCUUGAGUGAAACCAUCUCAUCCAAAAAUUGCGAAAACCUGUCGGUAUUAUAUUUAGAAUCCGCAACAUCUAAAUCUGCUUAUCCCCCAUUUUGGGUGUAUCUGAUAAUAUACUAGCGGUCUGUAAUGAUUGAUAUGAAUUAGCUUUAUCAUUUUGAAAGUUAAUAGUCAAAGAAAAAGCUAUAGUAAAGGAAAACAAACCUUCCAUGCACUGCUCCUGCUUUGAGACAUCAACAGCUCUUGCAUGUUCUUGUGCAGUCAUGGGCCGCAUUUUACUCCAGUAUUUUUAUUUUGUAAAGAUUAUUUGAAUAUUGAGAGCCCAAUAAAAACCAAAAAAAUUGGACUCUACAAAGCGAAUCAAACAUGUGUUUAAAGUUUUUCAACAAAACUGGUAAAGGUCUAGAAAACUCAACUGUGAUUCCAUUUGUUGCCGACUUGAGGCGAAGGCGUUUAACCAGGCAGACGAUAAUGUUAGCAACUUAUAAUCUACUGCAAUAAUUGCUUUGAUUUCCAAAUCACAAAAGUAGGCAUAGAAAAUUUUGAUUAGUAUCUUUAUAUUUUGUAUGUUACAAUGUUUGCAUGUUAAUAUGGAACAAUUAAAACAAAUUUGCUUGGGAAGAUGACAAUAUAUGUUCAUUGACAGCGUAACAAUAAAAAUGUCU